CUUUUGAGGGUGGGAGGGAGGCGGGGGCGCUUAAUGUGCGUAUUUAAACACGAUGCAUUUGGACGAGAACGCAUGGCACGUUCACCAUCGGAGCGAGCUGACCUUGCUGCGCAGAGACGUGCUUGACGGAAUCAAGAAAUGAUGGCAGCGGUCUACAGCAGCAUCGCUUCUCUGCUGUCUGAAAUCAUCUGAUACACGCGCGCCAAAGGAGGCUAUCGUCGAGGUUUUCGGAGGUUGGGGGAGCAGGUGCUGCACCCCCCCUGCCGGAUCCAGUCGUUUGUGGAGGAAUGUCGUCCACCAUCGAGAGGAAGACGCUGGAAGCCAGCGAGGAGCCGGUGGACGAGGUCCUGCAGAUGCCUCCUUCUCUGCUGACGUGUGGUGGCUGCCAACAAAGCAUCGGCGAUCGCUUUUUCCUGAAGGCCAUCGAGCAAUACUGGCACGAGGACUGCCUCAGUUGCGACCUGUGUGGCUGUCGCCUCGGAGAGGUCGGCCGCCGCCUCUACUACAAGCUGGGAAGGAAACUAUGUCGCAGAGACUACCUAAGGCUUUUUGGUCAGGACGGCCUCUGUGCUUCCUGCGAGAAGAGGAUCCGAGCGUUCGAGAUGACCAUGCGUGUGCGGGACAAGGUCUAUCACCUGGAAUGCUUCAAGUGCGCCGCGUGCCAGAAGCACUUCUGCGUCGGCGACCGCUAUCUGCUCAUUAAUUCAGAUAUUGUCUGCGAGCAGGACAUCUUUGAGUGGACUAAACUCAAUAACAGUAUGGUAUAGAGCAACCUAGUGCUGGUUUUGCAGAAAAAAACGGAACGAAACAGACUUUUCCCAGCAUCAUGCAGGCUUUGAACUGCCUCAUUGCUUCAUGCGAAAAAUGUUUUACACAAAAGAGAAGGAAGCUCAUAAUAUCUGCACUAUGACUGGCAGCUUUAUAUCUCAGGCCUUACAAAUGCAAAAAAAAAAAAAAAAAACA